UACCUCACCGCCACCUGCCGGUCCGGUGCCCGCUGCCUCCGCGCCACCCUCGGCUUCGACGACGACCGCAUGAGCCUCGCCCUGGACGACCACGAGGAUGUCGUCGACCACUUUCGCGGCGCCAACAUGCGCUGGAGCAAGAUCAAGGUGGUUCCCCGUGCCACCACCAUCGUCACCAACGGCCCCGGCCGCACCGGGGAGCGCCGCAUGUACCGCCUCACCUUCCACCGCCGCCACCGGCGGCUUGUCGAGGACGCCUACCUGCCGCACGUCCUCGCCGAGGGCCGUGACGCCAUCGCCAGGGCCCGCCAGCGCAGCCUCCACACCAACAAGCCCAAGGACGACUGGGAGGGAGACUACGACGCCUGGAGCAGCGUCAAGUUCGAGCACCCCUCCACCUUCUCCACCCUCGCCAUGGACCCCACCAGGAAGCAGGAGAUCCUUGACGAUCUCCAGAUGUUCCGUGACAGCAGGGACUACUACGCCUCCAUUGGCAAGACGUGGAAGCGGGGUUACCUGCUGUUUGGGCCUCCUGGCACCGGCAAGUCCACCAUGAUCGCCGCCAUGGCCAACUUCCUCGACUACGACGUCUACGACCUCGAGCUCACGUCGGUCAAGAGCAACACGGAGCUAAAGAGACUCUUCAUUCGCACAAAAGGCAAGUCCAUCAUCGUUAUUGAGGACAUUGAUUGCUCCAUCGAUCUCACAGGCAAGCGCAGUAACAAGAAGAAGACGGACGAUGGAGAAAAGGACAAGGAGAGCAAGGUCACGCUGUCCGGGGUGCUCAACUUCAUUGACGGGCUAUGGUCUGCUUGUGGAGGAGAACGGAUCAUUGUGUUCACGACCAACCACAAGGAGAACCUAGACCCGGCACUGAUCCGACGUGGCAGGAUGGACAUGCACAUCGAGAUGUCCUACUGCUGCUUCGAGUCCUUCAAGGUGCUCGCCAAGAACUACCUUGGUGUCGAAGAGCAUUAUAUGUUCAGUGAGAUUCGGCAGCUUCUAGGCGAGGUCAACAUAUCGCCGGCUGAUGUAGCAGAGAAUCUGAUGCCUAGGUCGAAGGAGAAGGACGUGGACAGCUGUCUCGGUAGACUGGUUAUGGCGCUUAAGGAGAAAUCAUCUGCUAGGAACAAAGAUGGAGAUGAGAAUGACAAUAGUGGCAAACAACAGGAGGAAGACAAGAACAAAAAGCGCGACAUUAGCAACGAUGACAAGAAAGAAGAUGAUGUACCAUGA